AAUCUGUUUUUCACUCCAGUUGAAGAUGUAAUAAAAUACCUGGACCCUCAGUACAUUGACAGGAUGGCUGUGCCAGAUGCCAUGAAGCUGCAGUUCAUCUUGGCAGAGGAACAGGUUAUUCCUUCCCGUGCUGCCCUUCUGGAGCAGGUGAAGACCCUCCAGCCCAUCUUGGACAGUGCCAGUAUCCAAGCUGUUCCUGACCAUGCAGCCAAACUGCAGCGACUCUCACAGAUCCACAUACAGCAGCAGGAAAAACGUCAUGACCUCACUGACAAUGUCAAGACACUCCUUGAGGACUACAACAAAAUGACCCUGCUUCUCUCUAAGCAGUUUGUGCAGUGGAAUGAAGUACUGAUGCAGCUGGAAACAGCCAAGCAAGCCAAGCCUAUGACAGAGUGA